CGUGUGGGGGAUGGUGAGUGUGUGAGAAACUCGCAGUCUCACAUCACAUGGCCUCUGUGGGUUUGGGGCCAAAGCAUCAACAAUCAGAGGCACAGCCACAGCGACAGCGAGACCACAAUGAGCCACUGAACCACGUGACUCGCCGAGCCCCCCAAAUGGACUCCGACAAGGAAAUGUCGGCUCCUGUUGUCGAGGGAAAUGAUGCAGUCACUGGUCACAUCAUUUCAACAAUAGGUGGUAAAAAUGGCGAACCAAAACGGACAAUCAGUUACAUGGCAGAGCGUGUUGUAGGUACUGGAUCAUUUGGAAUUGUUUUUCAGGCUAAAUGCAUUGAAACUGGAGAAACGGUGGCCAUAAAGAAGGUCUUACAAGACAGGAGGUAUAAAAAUCGUGAGUUGCAGUUGAUGCGCUUGAUGGAUCACCCAAAUGUUGUUUCACUGAAGCAUUGUUUCUUCUCUACAACGGCUAAAGAUGAGCUUUUCUUGAAUUUGGUUAUGGAAUAUGUACCUGAGACUAUGUACAGGGUUCUGAAGCACUACAGUAGUAUGAACCAAAGGAUGCCACUCCUCUAUGUGAAACUUUAUACAUAUCAAAUUUUUAGGGGCCUGGCUUAUAUCCAUGCUGUUCCUGGGGUAUGCCAUAGAGAUGUGAAGCCUCAAAAUCUUUGGUACGCGUUCUUUGUUGAUCCCCUCACGCACCAAGUUAAGCUUUGUGACUAUGGAAGUGCAAAAGUUCUGGUCAAGGGGGAAGCAAACAUAUCAUACAUAUGUUCUCGUUACUAUCGGGCUCCUGAACUCAUCUUUGGUGCGACAGAAUAUACAACAUCCAUUGACAUCUGGUCAGCUGGUUGUGUCCUUGCUGAGCUCCUUCUAGGCCAGCCACUAUUUCCUGGAGAGAAUGCAGUGGACCAACUUGUAGAGAUUAUCAAGGUUCUUGGCACUCCAACUAGAGAAGAGAUUCGAUGCAUGAAUCCAAAUUACACUGAUUUUAGGUUCCCUCAGAUUAAAGCUCAUCCUUGGCAUAAGGUUUUCCACAAGAGAAUGCCUCCCGAAGCAAUUGACCUUGCUUCACGACUACUUCAAUAUUCACCGAGUCUACGCUGCACUGCGCUAGAGGCAUGCACGCAUCCUUUCUUCGACGAUCUCCGUGAGCCCAAUGCUCGCCUACCAAAUGGUCGCCCGUUGCCGCCACUUUUCAACUUCAAACAAGAAUUAAAUGGAGUAUCACCUGAAUUGAUCAAGAGGCUCAUACCAGAGCAUGUGCGGCAGCAGGCUGGACUUGGAUUCCCACAACCAGUCAGAACUUAAAAGUAAAGUGAUGAAACAAGGAAUUAUCUUUUGUACUAGUGGACGGAUGUGAAGCAAAAGAGGGCCUCUUUGUGGUCUAUAUAUAACUGAGCAUUUUGGCCUAAUCUGCUGUUCUCGCCUUCCAAAGAUGUAUACAUACAAUGGCUCUCCGGCUUAACCUGGAAGUCGUCGAUCAUAUCUACCGUCAUUUUAGCCUAAACAUACCGUCUUCCUGCGUCUGUACAUCAUUUUGAUUGUAAGGAUUCCAGAAAGCCAAAAGUGCAAGGUAAUGUUAUCCAAAUCUAGCUAGUAGUGGCUGUAAAAAGUCCAGCAGGAGCCCGAGGGGCGAAAUGGUAGUGCGGCAUGUGUUUUACUUUUAUUAUCUGUGUUGUUUCUACUGUCUGGUUGCGGUAUGGUCUCAAAUUAUAUCUUUACUAUUGAUUACUGUCUCCUCCAACACUGCAGUUGUGGAUAAUUUCAAAUCUAUGUUGUUUGACAGCCACAGCUUUGAGCUUCAUCAUGUAAUUGAAUAUUCUUGCUUGGUAUUUUUCUACUCGGUUAUUAUUCCUUGAGGACGUAACAA